AUGGUCAAGACUCUCGCAGUAGAUCAGAUCGACUCGACGUUCAAGUCAAACAGCAUUGAUCUAAUAUCGAAACCUCUUGGCUCUCGAAUCCUCUCUUUCAGCGACGAAUGGUUUGCUGCUGCUGAGAACCUAACUACACCCACUCCACCUGUUCGCAAGCCAGGUGUGUUCACACACGCAGGAGCAUGGUAUGACGGUUGGGAAACACGAAGGCACAACCAAGAAGAAUUUGACUGGGUGAUAUUCCGGCUAGGCGUUGCUUCAGGCAAAGUGCUAGGCGUUGAAAUAGACACUGCAUAUUUCAAUGGCAAUCACGCUCCCGAGGUUGCAGUAGAGGGAUGUUUUAGCAAUAACGAUGAUGAGGUUAAGGAUAAAACUUUCAAAGGGUGGGAGACUAUAUUGCCGAAGCAGGAGUGUGGGCCGAGCCAGAGACAUGGUUGGCUUUUGCCAGAAUUGACAAAAAAGGCAUAUACGCAUGUCCGGCUGCAGAUGUACCCUGAUGGGGGCAUCGCGCGUUUUAGAUUAUAUGGGAUCGCACUGCCUAUUUUCCCAGAAAAUCCGGACGAAGUGUUUGACCUCGCUGCUGCUGUGAAUGGAGGUCGAGCUAUUUCGUGCUCUGAUCAGCAUUUUGGUACGAAAGAUAACCUUUUGUUACCCGGUCGGGGCGUCGACAUGGGUGAUGGAUGGGAGACAAAGAGGACCCGCGGCCCCCACGUAGACUGGGCAAUAAUCAAAUUCGGUACCAGAGGCACUAUUAAGAAGUUACUGGUGGACACCGCCCAUUUUCGAGGAAACUUCCCUCAGAAGGUUCAAGUUUUCGCCGCGGAUAUCGCGGAGGGCCAAGAGCCGACACACGAUGACCCUGCUUGGAUAGAGGUGCUUGCACCCUCGAAGACCGGCCCGGAUGCCGAGCAUUUUUACGAGGCCGAGCAAUUGACGAACGUGCAGGGGAGAAUCUUUACACAUGCCAAGUUGGUAAUGAUACCAGAUGGCGGGAUUAAGCGAUUCAGAGUCUUCGGAACGAGAGCUGUGUGA